GGCUGUCGGACAACAGGUCCAAACAUCGAGCUUGAUGCCAACCUCUAGACUUAACAGCAGAGACAAUAUUUGGCAGGGACGAGCAGAACGACUAUAUCUACACGGCGAGACAUACUAGAUGACAUGCACAAGCGUCAUGACGCCCAACGCCAGCACAUCAUCGACUCUUUACAUGACCUAUUGUUCCACUUGCAUGCCGUCUCCUUCUUCCUCGCGCCUUCACUCGUACCACUGGUUACCAGAGCUAUGUGUUGUCAAAUCCUGUGCUACAAGCCGAGGGAUAUCGACCCCAAAGUCUCUCUGCGAUCGUGGUUCCUGCUCACUUUCUUUCUCAAUUUCCCAAGCUUCUGGUUACACGCACGGGAAGGCACGGUUGAGGGGCGGACGGUCGUGCUGGAUUUUGUCGGAAUGGAGUAUGCACCCUCUAAAAUGCACCUCCUUCUACUCGACGUCCUCAUCUUGGCUUUCCUAUUACUGUUGGAAACACUCGCGUACGAGACGUCGCUACAGCAAUCAUCCUCUAUCACCUCCGAGGUUCUCCUUCGACACCCUCUCGUCCCCACACCGCCACUCUCAUACUCGAUCGAGGAUGAACAACCGAAACCUUCCCGUAGUCAACGAACAUACAUAGUAGACCUGCGCCUCGCGCCCCUGAUAAAUCGCAUACGACAGCCGGCUCCAGAGGUAGUAGAGCAACCUAUCGAGGCACUUCCACUUCCUAAUACCACCAACAUCCCCGUGAUACCCCUCCGUAUUCAGGCAUUCAUGAGGACGAGAGGGCGUCCAUCGCAGCCCGAACAUGGUUCCACAGCUUCAAAUGGACAGGCACAAACUGAGAUGGAGCAGAGGUUACCAGGGAGUAUGGGAACCGAGGAUGUCGACUAGUUUAGUGUAUGUAUUUUAAUGGCAUGGCUUUCCACAAGGACCCAAAACUAUGUCAUCUCCCGGACGUCUCAUCUUCGCAUGUAUUUAACUAGGCAUCACCAUUUGCGUUUCAUAGCUUCACGCAAACACUGCCCGAACUUUUCAAAUUCCUGUUUGCACGAAUCUUUGCGAACAUCUGUAUAAGCAGCAAGUAUGCAUUUUCCGUACGUUGUUGCGUGUGACGAGCAUGUGGUAGUUGAAUGCAGUGCUAAUUGCCUGAGAGGCGUGGUGCUUGUCUUCGCUGUCUGCAUGGC